AACGUGUGGUGUCUGCCACACUCCAGCCUCUAGGGCAGGCGGCCUUGUUAGGUGAGGUAACCAGAGAGGGAAAGACUGAACAGCGGGAAAAUCAGGAAUGUAAAAUGUAUUACAUGAGUAUCAAAACUUUAGUAAUGCGUUGUCAUACAUUAAGAACAUAAGAAAAUAAAGAAAACUAAGAAGCCAUCAGACCUUAACAUGGUGAGUGAGGAUGCUGAGGAUUGCAGUGAGAGGAACUGUGAGGCAGCAGAGUGCCCUGUUGGCAGUGCACUGGGAGAAGCCCAUCAAGUGUGCAGCUUCCACAGUCUUUGCACUAUCUUCAGGUCAAGGCAAGUGUGGUGUAGGAGUGGUGCGUGUAUCAGGGGACCAAGCCAGUUCUGCACUUACUAGCAUGACCCACCCUGCCACCCUCCCACGGCCACGCACUGCCACUCUGCGCCGCAUUGUGCAUCCCACCACAGGAGAGGCUUUGGACCGUGCGUUAGUUCUGUGGUUCCCAGGACCUCAAAGCUUUACAGGGGAGGACAGCUGUGAGUUGCACAUCCAUGGAGGGCCUGCUGUGAUUGCUGCUGUGCUGGCUGCCCUUGGCACUCUGCCAGGAUAUGUUCCAGCUCAACCUGGUGACUUCACCAAGAGAGCUUUCUACCAAGGUAAGCUUGAUCUCACCAGUGUGGAGGGACUUGGUGACUUGAUCCAUGCUGAAACAGAGGCCCAGCGUAAGCAGGCACUCCAGCAGAUGGAGGGAGCUCUAGCCCACCUUUACACCGGAUGGAGACAGUCUUUGCUGCAGUGCCGUGCCAGUCUUGAAGCUUACAUAGAUUUUAGUGAGGAUGAAAACAUAGAGGAAGGUGUGGUAGAGGAGGUGAGGAUUAAACUACAACAACUGGUCCAGGAUUUGCAAUGCCACCUGGCAGACAGCCGACGAGGGGAGAGGCUGAGGAGUGGAUUACAAUUGGCAAUCCUGGGACAGCCAAAUGUGGGCAAGAGCAGUCUCCUCAAUGCCCUCACCCAGAGACCAACAGCUAUUGUCUCCCCAAUACCAGGUACAACGCGUGAUGUGGUACAGACUGUUGUUGACCUUGGUGGUUACCCAGUUGUUCUCAGCGAUACUGCAGGGCUGAGAAAUACUGAUGAUCCAGUGGAGUCUGAGGGUGUGUGUCGGGCACUAGCCAGAGCAAGUAAAGCAGAUUUGGCAGUAGUUGUACUUGAAGCUCCAGAAGUCCUCUCAGCCAUAAAAAAUGAAACAUUUGAGUGGCAUGAAUACCUUAGGAGUCAUCUAAUUCAUUUGGGGAUAAUGAAAAAGAAUGAAGCAAGUGAACAGUCUCCAGAAUGGAUAGAGAAUCAAUGUUUCCUCACAGUGAUAAAUAAAAUAGAUCUUGUUGGAGAGAAAAACAAGACACAAAUACAAAGUACCUUAGAAAAUUCAUGUUCUGUGAUGUCACUAAAAACACAAGAGGGCUUUCAGACAUUUCUAGAGAAAUUAACGGUCUUCUGUGGCUCUUUGUGUGACACAGGAACAGCUGAGAAUCCGACACUCACAGCUGCACGACACAGGACUCACAUUUCCUCUUGUUUGGAAAUGCUCUAUCUUGUUCUUCAACCAUAUGACCAAGAACACUUCAUUGAUGGCAAGGGAAGGGUUUCUCCCCCUUCCCACGCUUACCUAGUACCUGAGAUGCAGGAAGACCGUAACUUGCUUCAGUCAGAGAACACAGUGGUAGUGGCAGCCCACCUUCUGCAGCGAGCAGCCACUAGCCUUGGGUAUGUCACAGGCCACAUCACUUCAGAAGAUGUAUUAGAUCAUAUAUUUUCAGCAUUUUGCAUUGGAAAAUAGCCUAAAAAAAGAUCAAGUGAAAAAAAAAAGAAUAAUUAAAUUAAUCAUGUAUACCAUGCAAAUUCUUGUAAGGUGUUAUACUGUAUUAUUCAAAUAAGGAUGAUGAAAUAUGAUAACUUUAACCACUAAGGUGAUUCACUAAAGACAUGAUUUCCUCUUAUAACUCAUGAUUUCCCUCACAAGAUCAAUGAAAAUAAUAUGAGACAAUCCAUUAAAAUGGGUACAGAAAAAAAAGAAUACUUAACCCCUUCCCAGCAGCAAGGCAGACAAGUGAACUACCAAAAUUAUAAAAAAUCAUCUAUAUAUAGACACUACUGACUUUCAUCCAUAUGUCUAUAUAUAGUUUCCCAGCAAAUGGGUACUCCUGAUUGACAUCUAUUUAUAGACUGCUGCAAAACUGAACAAACAAUUGAAUCUAUAUGCAAGUGUUGUUUGUGUUUGAUUGGUAAUAAUAUAUGUCAAUAUGCUUGUAUGAAUGUUUUAGUUACUCACAUCCAGGACUUGUGACCUGGAUGUAAUUUAUGUCCACUUUUCUUCGUAUUUUUUACAUACAUACUUGUUUUGUACCUAUUCAUUUUUAAGCAAGGUUGCUGGCAUGUGGCACAGGUCUUUCUCUCUGACAUGAAAGGCUAAUAAUUAAAAAGUGUAAAUAAUGCAAAAAUUUCCAGUAUUAGCCUAUGUGCAUAGCAAAUGCACCAUCAACAAAGCACAAGCAGUGACUGGCCUUGAGAGGCCAUGUUGACCAGUGUUUGGGUAGUUGAGAUGCCAAUUAUUUAUUUUAUGAAUUUUGUUACUUGUAAGUUAUCGUCUGUAUGUAGACAACACAACAACUUAGUGCAGUAAAAUAAGAACAAGCGUCUAUAUAUAGACGA